AAUCGCAAUAUAAAAAAAAGAGAGGAAUUGGUAACUGUGCUCGAAACCAGAAAAAACUUGAAGAUGAGCAUUGAAAAAAAAACUAGACUUGCCGAAUCAAUGCAACGAGCAACUCACUGUCUUCAGGAUUACUCAAAAAUUAUGCUGGAGAAAUUGGAGUUGACGAAAAAUAGAUUGGACGAAGAUUCGUUAAAAAGGUUACGCAAUAUUGAAGAGGCUGAAAAACUGAGAGAAAAAUAUCAGAAAAAAUGGGAAGAAUAUGAGGCACAAUUCGAGGCAUGUCCUCUAGCUAAAGAGAGAAAAAGAGCAAAACAAGAAUUACAAAAAGUUGAAAUUCAGCUAGAGAUGGUUAAAAAGAACAUCCAAGUCCUGCAAAGUAAUGUCAGAAAGUAUGAGAAAAUCAAAGAAAUGCAACUUCAAAAAGAUAUUAUUAAAAUCGCUGAGAUGUGGCUAAAACACAGAAAUAAUGUUGAAAAUGUCAAAAAACUGAGGAAAGAAGCAGCCGAAUACAAAAAUUUAAUCGCCGAGCAGGAAAAAAAGAUAGAAAUUCUUAUCAAAGAAAAGGAAACCGAGGAAAGGCAAAACGCAAUAGCUCGAUUUCAAAUGCCCCCGCCUCCAGUUAUGGACCAAACUCUUAUGGAAACGAUCAUGUCCCAAUAUUCUCAACCCUCGCCUCGACCAUCGCCAAAAGUUGAGCCAAAACUUCGACUUUCCCAUUCGUAUAGUUCGACUUUUAAAAAUAAAGAAUUAAUCGAUGAUUUUGAUUCCGCCUCGAUGUUAUCUUCUCUUUCCGAGUUGUACACCGAAAACCUGAAUCCCGAAAAUGUGCAAGAAAUCGAAGAAGUUCAUAACGAUGAAGACAGCGUCUCUUUAUCGUCAAACCAAGAUAUCGAAUUUGCUACAGAGAGCAACCAACCGAAUAUUAUGAUGCGCUCUGGAGAGAUGAGUCCGCGAAAAAUUCUCAGAUCUCCUGCAAAAAGUGUAGCAGGCCCUUCUCAAAUUUCAGCUCGGAAAACACAGAUUGAAAAGUCAGUUUUUGAAAAAUCAGAGUCUUCUAAACGACCAGCGAAUUCAGUGCAGGAGGGUAAAAUUCGUAAAAAGCCACACGAAGAACAUCCGAAAGCGAUUGUAAAUCUUAAAGAGGAGAGUCCUCAGCGCAAAAGUAAGAGAGAGAAGUUUCGCAAUCGAGUUCUUCCGUAUUGCCAGAAGUGGCAACUUCCGGAUUGA